AUGCUCGGCGUGAGUGCGCCCUCUCCCGCCACUGCAUCUCCGCGCGCACUGUCGGUCCAACCCGCUGCAAUCACGUAUAGUCUUUCCGUGCGGGCCGUGGCACAACCAUGCGUUGCAGUCUUUGCUCGUUUGCUCCGGAUGAGGGGCUCAAUGCUCCUCGCCCUCCUCCCUCCUCCACUCCCCUUCCUUCUACGCACUUGCUGCAUAUCGUCGCUAUCUGAUGAGCCUGAGAGGUGGGUAGUUAUUUCCGGUGGCCCUCCUCCCCCUUCUCCGCCGCCGCCUUCGCCUUCGUCGUCGCCGCCGCCGCCGUCGCCCCCUCCUUCGCUCGGUGGUCCUGCGGUGGCCCCUUGGGAUCCCCACGAGGCCGAAGAAGUGGCCGCGGGUGAGCUUUUCGGCCUUCUCCCGACAGAGAGCGGGACUGCGCCCGCAGCGCCCGCGGAGCAGGCCAGGCAGAUGGCUGCCGGCGCCGCCCAGAGCGCCGAGGAGGCCCGCCCCCUCUUGUCUGUGGUCCCUCCUCCUCCUCCGCCUCCCGCCCUCUCCGAGGAGCAACUGGCGCGUAUUGCAACCAAUCGUGCCAUCGCUCGAGAACGGCGUUUACAGCGCAUUGCGCCGUGGCGAGGUCAGAUUGAAUUCAAGUUUUGA